AUGUUUGAUCAAUUAACGAUCUUUACACCGCAAGGUCAAGUACUUUUUAAGUAUAAUUGCCAGGGUAAAAAGUUCGCCGAACUACAAAUCAACACAUUCAUCUCCAAGAUAAUCACCUCUCCUGUGACACAAAGAGGAUCUAAAUUCAACAUAUUAAACAUUACAAAUGAUUCUUUAUCCAAAAGCAAUGUGCGCCCUUUUUGUUCCAUGUUCCAUGUUACAAAACAACCAGAACUAUACUUUGUUAUAACAUACGCUGAACAGACAAUCGAUCUUGAUAAAGAGGCUGAGAAAACUCUUGAUUUGGCAUUAAAAUUAUGGGACUCCUUAGAUUUGAAUGAAGAAAUUCAAAGUAACUUGAAAAAUAAACAACAUGUGGAUAUACUAUACGGGAUGAAUGAGGAUUUAAGUAAAUUUGAUAAGUACUUACGUGCCAAAUAUGAAGAAUCCAUUAAGUUUGACGUAGUUAAUGCAACGAACGAUAACGUUAGUAGAGAAGCCUCUCCAAGAGUUGAUUCGUUGAAGAAGAAUUCACUUCAUGCAAAAAAUAAAGGGAAUAAUGGAGGAGGAAGAAAAUGGGGUCGUAAUGGUAUGAUGGAGGAAACAACCUCUUCUGAAGACGUUUCGCAAUUAGAUUUCUCGAGAUCUUCGAAGAAUAAAUCUGGCAUAGCAUCCCCUGAGAGCAACUUUGAUAUGGAAUUUGAUAAAAAUGCAUUUGGCGAAAGAACUGAUAAAGGUGAAUUUUUAAUCAAGGAAAUUGAUGAUUUAUUGACGUCAACUGCAACUGCAAAUGAAAAUGAAUCUCAAACUUCCUCAACUUCUCAAGGGUUUGUGAAUUCUACAAUGGGAUUUAUACAAAGGAAUCUAAUCGGUAAUAAAACAAUAACAGAGAGUGAUCUAAGAUCCGUAUUGGAUAAAUUGAAAAAAAAGUUAAUUACUAAGAAUGUUGCCCCGGAGGCUGCAGAUUUUUUGACUGAACAAGUUAGUAAUGAUCUUCUUGGGUCAAAAACAGCAAAUUGGACAAGUGUUGAAGUUACCGCUCGUGCGUCCCUAACUAAGGCAUUAACACAAAUAUUAACACCAGGUGUCUCUGUUGACCUUCUCCACGAAAUUCAAAAGAAAACUGGUAAGAAGGAUAAUGAAGGAAAAGCGCAGCCAUACGUCUUCUCAAUUGUUGGGGUAAACGGUGUAGGUAAAUCCACAAAUUUAUCGAAGCUGGCGUUUUGGCUUCUACAAAAUAACUUCAAAGUUUUAAUUGUUGCUUGUGAUACUUUUAGAUCUGGUGCUGUGGAGCAAUUGAGAGUACAUGUUGAAAAUUUAGCUCAAUUAAUGGAUGAAUCCCACAUUCGUGGAUCAAAGAAUAAGAGAGGAAAGACAGGGAAUGAUUUUGUGGAGCUUUUUGAAUCGGGCUAUGGUGGCUCGGAUUUGGUCACUAAGAUUGCAAAGCAAGCCAUUAAAUACGCUCAUGAUCAAGAGUUUGAUAUCGUGUUAAUGGAUACUGCUGGUAGAAGACAUAACGAUCCUACUUUAAUGUCACCAUUGAAAUCAUUUGCAGAACAGGCCCAACCAGAUAAGAUCAUUAUGGUUGGAGAAGCUUUAGUUGGUACUGACUCUGUACAACAAGCAAAGAAUUUCAAUGAUGCUUUUGGUAAAGUAAGAAACCUCGAUUUCUUUAUAAUUUCGAAAUGUGACACGGUAGGUGAAAUGCUGGGAACAAUGGUAAACAUGGUCUACGCAACAGGCAUUCCAAUUCUAUUUGUUGGGGUCGGACAAACAUAUACGGACCUGAGAACCCUUAGUGUGAAAUGGGCGGUUAAUACUUUGAUGGCAUGA